AUGACUACACAAAGCGAGUCAAGUUCGCGACGUGUACAGAAAAAAGAAGAUAGCGAGGACAGAAUGGACUUAAGUGUAUUAUUUAAGUUUAUUAAACCCUUCGAUGGGUCCAGGGAGAGAUUAGUCCCAUUUCUAAAUAAUUGUCAUAACGCUCAUGAUUUAGCCAUAGAGUCUAAACGUCCUGCUUUACUUAAGUAUAUAUUAAGUCAGUUAGAGGGUAAGGCCGAAAGUGCGUGUAGUAUAAAAGAAUUUGAAUCAUGGGAACAACUCUCCGAGUUUCUCACCACUCAAUUCGGUGAGAAGAAACACUAUUCGGCACUGCUCUCUGACUUACAAAACUGCAUACAAAAUAAUGAUUCGGUUAACGAGUUCGCAUUACGCGUAGAAUCUUGCCUUUCAAAAUUGUUAACGGAAAUAAAUUUAUCUCAAAAAAAGAAAAAGAGCGAACUAGCUGGCCGAAUUGCAGCUAUGCAGGAUUUAGCCCUGCACCAUUUUGUUAUUGGCUUAAAACCCCAAAUAUCAACUAUUGUCAGGUGUCGAGACCCAGAGACGUUAAAUGACGCCAUAAAUUUUGCAAUUUCCGAGGAGAAAAUAAUGGAAGCUUCUCGGAAAAGCUAUAAUAAUCCUCAAAGUCAAGGGCCGCUCAACAAAAAUAAUUAUUCGCGCCCUAACUACCAAUUUAGAGAUCGCUAUCAAAACAAACCAACAUCAACUUUUGAACGCGCUCCUAAUAAUGUAAAUUUAAGCAGUGCACAGCCACUAUUCUGUCGAUACUGUAAAGCUAAAGGGCACGUAUUGGAAAACUGCCGGAAGCGCGAAUUUAAUAAUAAAAGAUUCCAAAUUACAAAUCAAAAUCCACGUACAUUCCAACCACGAACUAACAGUAGUUCUAACCACGUAAACUUUGCAGAUCCGAUAUCUUAUGAAGUUACCAAUAAUGAUGAAGUUGUCGAUGAUUUAAACUGA